AUGAUCGAUGUUCCGUGGCUUAUCACGCAGUAUCCAAGUAAUCUUCGAAAAACACCAAUGCCACUCGGAUUGUUGGCCAAAAUGGAGGCACAGAUACCAUGGAAACUGCACGUGCUGCGCAACAGUGAAUUGUCUGUUUAUGUACAACAUUCAAGCUUGCCGUUAUCCAUUCUAUUUCCUUUUUCUUCGUAUUUGUAA